UGCAAGGAGCCUCUUCGCUGUUGUACUUUGAAAGUCUCGCCAGUGGGACUUAGAAGAGCAUUGGUGGUAUAAAUACCAGCAUUAACAGGAUUAAAAGAGCAACUACUCACUCUUUAGCAGAGUGAGUGUGAAGUGAGAGAGAGUGUGUGUGUAAGCACCAGGAGCAGUGUGUACAGCUGUGUGUCUACACACUCUUGCAGGAGCCCGGAUUUCUAAAACAUUGAACGUGGGAGGCAAGAACCACACACACUCAUAAUCUCACAGUAUCCAUUCCAUCCCAUCUCACUUUUUCUAUGUCACAUACACACUCAUACACAUAUACUGUACUGUGGUAUGGAGGAUACUUCUUGGUGCUGGUACAAGUAUUACUGAAGCUUUGGACAGUUCAAACUGGGCCGCUGGAUUCCUCUGUUUUGCUUCACUCAGUAUCUCCUUCGGUCUGAGUUCAGCAGUGCUGGGGAACACUGGACACACACACACACACACACAAACCUACCCACACACUCCGCGGACAGCACUGAAGAGUUCAGCAUCAAAUGAAAGAGAACAGUCCAAGUGACACAAAGAGAGGUGAGAGGCGCCGAACACGACUCUGAGAGACUUCUCGCCUGUUCUGACAGGGGACGGCUGGGAGAGCACAGCGCAUUAAAAAUACAGGUCCCAGAGCACUUUGGUCUCAGCUAGCACAUGCAGACCCUGCCAUAAAUCAAUACCUAACACUGAUUUCUCUAUCAAGAUAUUUCUCUUCGGCUACAAACGGAAUGGGUUUCUUGUGCACUUGCUGAACAGAAGCAGCACUCUUGAGGAUUCUAUUUUUGUGGACGUCUGAAGUCCAAUUUACACUGCAACUCUGAAAACACAUUGGGAGACUAAAAAAAGGAAGAAAAAAAAAAGAGUACAUAUUUAUAUAUUUGCUUCCUGCACAGUCGAUAAAGCAGAUCUUUCUUUCAACCACCUGUCUUUUAAGGGAUUUCUUUAUACGUAUACUGACACUUCCAUCAAAGAAUUUAGCACUUCAGAAAAACAUUGCUGUCAGCUUUGGCCUAUCAAUAUCUCACCUAUUUUUACAGUCCUCUAAACAACAAAUUUAGAUUCUAUUAAAAUAAUUUUAGGCCACUCAUUUGUAUAGAUAAGCUGAGUGAGAAUAGAAGGGAAGUUUACAGUUAAAAAUCUCCACCAUUUCAAAACCUGUCUACAGUCUGUUACUGAACAAGGUGUUCCAUCAUCAGAAUUGACUUCCAUCUUUUUCGUGCAAAGUGAAGUACAUUAGCAUAUUUUUGGGCUGAGAUACAUCCAAUCAUGUAUACUGUGCUACAUGGAUCCUGCAUUCAGUCAUCAAGUUAAGAAACAAAUAGCUUCUGACAUGUGAAGAAAUGGAAUAUGCAAGAGCUCUAUGCACAUAGACUAAAAUAAGUACUCUCCCAGCAAAGCCUCAAAAGAAAUGGAGGAGAGAAUUAAAUGGAGCAUGAGUUAGUGUGGUGACUAUAUUUUCCCCGCUUAGAUUUAUGCUUGUAUCUGUGAUUUAUACUAGGAUCUUGUGUUGCAGAGAGAAUCAGCAAAAGUAUACAGUGUGAGAUGAAUUACCAUGCCCCUGCUUUUGCACAAAUUACAUAUUUUUAAGAGUGGAACUGUUGUAUAGAUCUGUGGAAAAGCCUCAGUUGAUGUUGUCACUUCUAGACACCUCAGAAAAUGGAGAGUCUGGAUGAACUCGAACAUCCGCUGUUGGGUGACAGCCCCAAGAACACAUCUGUAACAGGCACCAGUGAUGGUGGUGGACUGUUCAAAGGCAUAUUGGCGAGAAAUGAGGAGGACAAAAAUUUGGCACCACAGGAGUGGAGGAAUUAUUGCAGUUCUACAGAUUUUCAACAGCAGCAGCUACUGGACCCAUGUUCAUUGCCUAGCUCUCUAGAGUCUCUUUACCCUCCAACUACUAUUUGGGCUGCUGCUGACUCCCUGGGCAUCCGCAGUAAGGAGUAUCUGGAGACCACCUUUGUUGACAUUGGCCCCGGAUCACCAUUGCAAAGGAAGUUACUGGCAGAGAUGAGAGAUGUCCACAGUGUGUCCUACAGCAUGGAAGAUGGGGAUGACCUUCUGCCAGACUUUGAGGAAUCCUCCAGUGAUGACUUCAGUGAUACAGACAGUGAGAGCAACUUUCCCAUCAUGAUUCCACAGGAUUACCUUGGACUUGCAUUCUUCUCUAUGUUGUGCUGUUUCUGGCCUCUGGGUUUCGCUGCAUUCUAUCUUUCCCAAAAGACGAACAAAGCAUCAGCGCAAGGAGAUUUCCAGGGUGCCAUUGCUGCAUCUCGACAGGCUCUGUGGCUCUCAGUCCUUUCAAUCAUUUUUGGCAUCAUCACUUACAUCUGUGCCAUCGCUGCCCUGAUCUCCUAUUUGUCUGGGAAACCACUUUAAAGUCUAAGGCAUCAUUAUACUCACUCAUUUCUCUGAGCAACAAAGAAAUCACCUGGAUCCUAAUCACACAAACUGUGCUCCUUACAUCACACUCAUCUACACCUGUAAUAAGUGCAUUCAUUCAGCCAAAACUGCACCUUUCUUACAUUUUCUGUAAGUUUGUGGUCAUAUUAAAGGGUCUUAGCCUCAUUUAGAAUGUUCAGAUAUGUUUAGAACCAAAGGUGGAGAUGCAGCCCAGAAUAGUGUUCAUGAGUUAUUUAAAAAAAUCAGGUCGGGUUACAAUAUUUGGAGACAUGGCAACGGUAAUGGCAAUCUUUAUGCUGACAUUUUUAGCUGAAAUCUUUGACUUUGGGUAAAUUAAAUUAAAUAAUUAUGUCACUGAUGAUGAUUAUAGCACACAAAAAAGAAAGUGAGACUUGUGCUCUGUCUUGGUGCUUCUGUAUAGGAAGGGAAGUUAAAAGACUAAAAGACCUAAUAAGUGACUGAUGCCUAAGGGUUUGUUUGAAGCAGACUUGACAAUUAGAGCUAGAUCAGAUCACAAUGGACUUGGCUGCAAAUCAGCAGAACAUGCCCUCUGAGACAUAUGACUCUGAACAAACCGGGUCAGUUUCUACCACAGCUCUAAGGCUGCCUGUUAAAUACCAAAUCAAACCGAAUAUACCACAGUAAGUGACUUCAGAAAUUGAGUUUGAAAACAAUUAAACUUGUUUUCCAAGAUCAUUAUGUUGGUAAGAUGUAGUGAACUUCAUAAACACACAGAAAAAAAGCAUGCACAGACAAACAUACAGUUAUUACUGUUUUGGGUAUGUGCAUAAACAUUCAUAUGUAAUGGGGGCUGAGCACACAUACGCACUGCAGCUUUCACUAUGAGUCAUGCCAUUAAGAGAAGCCUCUCUUGCAAGACAUAUUCCUGGCUUAAUAAAUGUAAAGUCUCCAUUUUUCCAUCUACUAACAAAAACAUUUUGAGAAAUUAAACACCUCACAUGGCUCUUUUUAAAUUCUGUGCGAGUCAAUUUAUAUUCAUACUGAACUACUAGCAUAUAACAUGUAUGUUUUGUAUAUGUCCUCUUGCCUGAUGUGAAAGAUCCUGUAAACUAAAAACUAAAGAGUAAUUGCCUGCCAAGGCAGUCAUUGACAUGAAGCUGCAUUUGUGUGAUUGGGGGCAUGCACUUGAGGUUAUCCACUUGGGUAAAAGGGUAUUUUGGGAUAUAGGAGGCUCAAAACUACAGCAAGUCUGCUGCUUUUUGUAGCAGUACACAACAGAGAUAUAAUCGGAAAAUCAGUUUGAUAAUUAAUUUGACUGGCAGUGUUGGAUCAAUGACUAAAAGUAAUCAACCACAGAUUACUUAUUACUUCUCUAAAAUUAUCGGAUUAAUUAUUACUUCAUGGAAAACGUAAACACAUCGCUUCAAUACUCUGAAGUUACUUUCUAAAACCCUUUUCAAACAAAUCAUGUUUACAUUUAUUUCAUGUCAGUAUUUUAUUUCUUAUAAAAUAGUAUCAUAUAUAACAUUACUAUUUUACUACUAUUAUAUAAUACAAUUUUAUAUUACUUUAUAAAAUCAUUAUUUUAUAUGUAACCCAAGUUAUGGAAUUAAAGUCAGCAACUGUAAACUGCUUACAAGAAUUUAAAAUGUAAACUUACUUUUACGUCAAUAUUAUAAUUAGAUUACAACUAAUUACGUUAUACCUAUUCAGUUGAUUGGUGAAAUGGACAUAAUUAAUACAUCUAUAUACAUGACAAAAUCAACCAGUAUACACAACCCACAAACGGAAGGAUUCUCUAAACAGGAUAGAGCAGGUUUUGUGGUAGACCAGUCAAUAUCAAAUGCAAGAAUUUCAUUGAAAUAGUCCACAUUCAAAUGUCAAAUGCACAGUAAUGUUACCAGAAAACAACAGUAGUUGACUUAAAGGUUGAAAUGUGCCCUAUUGCAAAAGAUUAAAGCCACAAAACAGCAGUCAACCUAAACUGCCUUGGCAGGUGUCCUCCGAGCUCCCUGCAGUUAAAAAUUGGGUCAUAUCAUAGUAGGCAAUUAUGUUACUUCUACAACAACCUGCCCCAUCGUACAGAAGAGAGGAGCUAUAGCACAGGCCCCUCCAGUAAAUUAUCAUUGCUUAUGUGGUAUCGGCAUGUUAGAGCAGCACCACAAAUGGCUACACUCGUCAAAGUGCUACAGUUUUCAUGCAGUUUAUUCUCAGUACAGUAACAUGGAGCAGACAAAUCUGAGAAGAACAGAUGUCCCUUCUCCUUUCAUUAUUUUAUUCUUCCUUUCAUUAUUGUUGUGAAAAUGUAUGUAAAUUUUGCAGAUUCCGGUUAUGAGCUAAUAAAUACACUUGACUGAA